UGAACUCCUGGCAGUGAACAGACCCCAGCACAGCCCUGGAGCUCCAGUAAAGCCCUCACUCAGGAGCAGGUCGCAGGUGAAAAUGGCACAGUGGAUUUUCCGACUGAGAAGUUGCUUCGGCUCUAAAGUUUAUUCCGAGGUCCCAGAUGGUGGUUGGGGUUGGAUUGUGGCUGUGGCGUUUUUCCUGGUAGAGGUGUUCACUUAUGGGGUUAUCAAAAGUUUUGGAAUCUUCCUUAAGGACCUAAUGAGUGACUUUAAUGAAACAAACAGCCGAGUAUCAUGGAUCAUUUCAAUAUGUGUCUUUGUUAUGACCUUCACAGCUCCUCUAUCAACCAUGCUGAGUAAUCGAUUUGGCUUCCAGCCUGUUGUGAUGUUUGGAGGGUUUCUCAUAUCUCUGGGCACAAUCUCAACUGCAUUCACCAGCUCUAUCAAUCAGAUGUACCUUACUAUUGGGAUUGUGACUGGACUGGGUUAUUGUUUGACAUUUCUACCAACCGUCACAAUCUUGUCCCAGUACUUCAGCAGGCGUCGUUCUGUGGUCAUAGCCAUGGCAUCCACUGGAGAGUCAUUUGCUACAUUUGCUUUCGCUCCAGCAUUCACAGCUCUUAAGAACUACAUCGGCCGGAGGUACACAUUGGUGGUGAUUGGGAUGUUACAGGGCAUCACUAUUAUCUGUGGAGCUUUACUUCGUCCCAUAGUUAUCAAACCAACAUCUCUGACAGAAACUGAGCAGAAGAUCACAUAUACCCUCCCUGUAGAACAAGUGCAAGGUUUUGGGAGCUCUGGAGAUUCAGUUGUACAGUCGCUUGAGCAAGAACAGGGCCUCAAAUCUGGGAUUGAACUGGAAGAAGUGGAACCAGUACAGAUUAAUCUAAAACAACAGGACAAUACAAGUAAAAAUAGGCUCUUGGAUUUGACAGUGCUAAAAGAAGGCAGUUUUUUGUGUUAUUCAGCCUUUGGGCUCUUUGCAACAUUGGGCUUUUUUGCGCCACAGCUGUAUGUGGUGGAGCUGAGUGCCAGUUUGGGAACUGAGAGGGACAAGGCUGCCUAUAUGCUGUCAAUAAUGGCGAUCUCAGAGAUCUUUGGACGUCUUUCUAUCGGAUGGGUCAUGAAUUGUGGAUGCAUCAGGAAGAUCUUUGUUCUUCUCAUAUGUGUGUCACUGAUGUGUCUGGUGCUGGUGUUGUUCACCAUUGUAAAUGGCUUCUGGGGACUGGUGGUGUGCUGUGUGCUUUAUGGUUUCUUACUCGGAAAUAUCACUUCCACACACAUCCCAAUGCUGGCAGAGGAUGACGUUGUAGGAAUCCAGAGGAUGCCCUUAGCUGUUGGUGUCUACGUCUGCAUUCAGAGCUUUGCAGGACUGGCUGGUCCACCAUUAGGAGGCGUCCUUGUGGAUAUUACACAAAACUACAGUGCUGCAUUCUACUCCUGCGCUGCAGGAAUGGGAUUAGGUGCCAUUUUCCUUGGGCUUGUACGUCCAGCCAAGACAGGUCAUCUUUGCAGAAGGAGGAACAAUGGAGAGAAUAACUCUGCGGUGGAGCAAGUGUCUAAAGCAAGCCAGAGGAAUUGCUAGAACAGGGUAACCAAGAAGUUAAGUCUUGAAAACACAGAACAUUAGGAACUAUCAAACCUGUUGAUAUAAUAGGAACACUUUCAAACUGAAUGUACUGGAA